AUGUCUUCAUCGAAAUUCACCUCCCUUCUCUAUCUUCUCAGCUUUGUUCUUCUUUUCAAAGCUGCUUUUGGUUACGGCUAUCUCCAUCACAUUUGUUCAAGCACUGAGAAGUUUACCACCAACGACCCUUUUGACACAAACCUACGAGACCUCGCAGGUAAUCUUUCAAAUGCAACACCAGCCAAUGGGUUCGCUCUUGAUUCCAGGGGACAGAGCCCCUACCAAGUAUAUGGACUUGCUCUUUGUCUCGUUAAUGUCCCCAAGGAAGAUUGCUGGGGCUGUGUUUCUAAUGCAGGCCAAGAUAUUCUCAACCGUUGCCCAAAUACCAAAGGGGCAACCAUAUGGUAUGUGAAAUGCUUAUUCAAGUAUCGAAAUGAGAAUUUCUUUGGCCAACUAGACCUCAAUGGCGUGGGCUCUUGUUCCCCGAAUAAUGUAAGCGAGUCCAUUAUAUCAUUUAACGAAAACAGAAACAAUUUGUGGAGCCAACUUGCCAACGAAACUCUUGGAUCGCAAAAUUUGUACGCAGUAGGAAGUUCAGAACUCAACGGAUCAAGUAAACUGUAUGGGUUUACUCAGUGCACGAAGGAUAUUUCUAGGGCUGAUUGUGGGGUUUGUCUUGAUUCUUCAUUCAGGUACAUUUCCGAAAAUUGUAAUGGGAAACAAGGUGGAAGCAUUUCGACCGGGAGUUGCAGCAUAAGAUAUGAGAUGUACGAAUUUCUCAACAAUUGA